AUGGCACCGUUUUUUAAAAUUAAGAGUAAGUCUCCAAGAGUUUCAUCCGAAGGAAGCUCUUCCCCAAAUGAAACCCUUCAAACUCCGCAAAGUAGUCGAAUCCCUUCAAACUCCAGUGAAAAGGUUGGGCAUGCUCUUCAGGGCAAAUCAGCAGCUUCAGGAACGGAGCAGCAUGUAACAUCUCAUAUCACACCAAUCAAAGAACAAAAGAAUCAAAUUGCGUCCUUUAGGGCUUUACCUCCACGUACGCUUCCCAUAGAUCAAUCUGAACACUUUCCCUACCAGUCAUUCUCAGAACUCCGACGCCAAACAUUCUCGAAUCCAGUGAUAAUGGAAGACGAUCAGAUAAAUGGAAACACGGUACCUACGCAACUUGGGACUGCAGCCGAAACAAAAGUUCCUCAGAAAGUAGAUGCUAGUAGAAAUGCCGGCGAAGUCCAACAGCAAGCGCGAUCUAAGAUAGCCCCUAGCAGUCCCUGGAAAAAAAAAAUCCUCUAUAAUUCUCCUUUCCCCAGGUUUAGUCAUGCCGCUUCAUCUUUUACCUCAGAAGCCGGAGCUCUUUAUUUAAUGGGGGGGCUUUGUGGUAAGAACGUGUUUGGGGAUAUGUGGAUUGUGGAGCCUAUAAAGAGCACCCCUGAUAAUUCGAACGACUAUCCAUAUAUUGCAUCCGCAAUUGAGAAUUUUGAGAAAAUUCCAUCACCAAGAAUUGGGCAUUCUUCAACUUUGAUAGGAAAUGCAUUUAUUGUAUUUGCGGGAGAUACUGUUACCAACACAACUCAAGAGCUUGACAACAAACUAUAUUUUUUCAAUAUUACGUCACUCAAAUGGACCAUCACUUCUCCUGAGGGUUUAAAACCUUGUGGAAGAUACGGGCAUCAAAUUGCUGUUCUCAAUUUUGAGAACGAUGCUAGCCCAUCAAAAUGGUCGAGCUACCUCUAUGUGUUUGGCGGACAAGUAGAGAACGACUAUUUCAAUGACAUGUGGAGGUUUGAUCUCUCGAACUUUAGAGACCCUAAAACCCAAUGGGAGCAAAUUGCCAUUGACGACGGAGACAUUGCCCCUCCAAUGACCUCCAACCAUACUAUGACCGCGUAUAAUAACAAGUUAUAUGUGUACGGGGGAACAGACGGAAUCAGCAUCUACAAUCAUCUUUUGGUUUUCGAUUCUUUUACAAACAGAUGGGAGUUUUGCACGUUAAAAGGUUCAGUUAUCCCACCUCCAUUGCAAGGACACGCAGCCGCAAUAUACCAGAAUUUGCUUUUUAUUUUUGGAGGCAAGACAGUUGGCGGUGAAGCCUGUGAUGGGCUCUAUAUCAUUGACUUAAAUACCUUAACUUGCUUUCAACUGGAGUCUAACCUUUUAUGUUCGCCUGCUCAAAGGUGUGGUCAUACAAUCACCAUUGACCCAGCUCAUGAAAAGUUGUUGGUCAUGGGUGGCGACCAGUUGGAUAAUGAUUUUACUCAUGUUUCUGAGACUAAAAACAAGCCUGUUCAAGGUUCUCGCUUUGAAUAUCGAAACUCAAUCAUUUAUGAACUAGACCUUCAGCUUCUCCCACACUUUUUAAAGUUCACGUCCAGUCUGGACAAACAGCCCGAAGCAAAAUCUUCUCAGUCGUUCAGGGAAUUAUCUGAAAUAUCAAUCAACAAUAAUAAUGAACCUGUUGGUGUCACAAGAGGUUCAAGUAGGUUAAGUCAGUAUGCUGUUUAUGAAAAAGUGAGUGACGACGAUGACAUCAAGGAAAUAGUUGAUGACCAGGUUGAUGACCCUACUGUCUCCCAUCCAUUCCGACGUCAAAGUGAAAAGGAUCUACCGAAACUCGAACAAGAUUGUGAUAACGAGAACCUAGCUCUCACGCUUCCCGAUCCUGGGCCUCAGUCAGACGAAACAGAAGCAAGUUACACGUCGCGUGGUUUUAUGAGAGCCCAUGGAAAGUUGUCCAACGCACCAAAAAAGAAGACACCAUAUUUUCAUGUCAAUGGCGAUGCGGGAGAGCAAGUCCUAAGUAAUGCAGGGGGGUUCGCAACAACUCUUGCUACAGAUUCCUAUCAAAAUAUUGAAAACACUCACUGCAACAAAAAUUCAUUUGAGUCCAGUAAGCAAGAGUAUGCUGGACUAGAUACUUUUGGGCCAUCCAUUAGGAACGGUUCGGAUCUGAAUAUAAAAUCUGUGGAGGAGUUCACGAACCUGCUACAUUCUCUUAAAAAGGACAUGGCUGAGAAAGUUGAAAGAGCGAAUUAUCAGCUCAAUAGUCUAGAAUCCCAACGUCAGGAACUUAUCAGAGAGAAUGAAUUGCUUAAGUCACAGAUCGCUGGAGAUGCAGCUGAACGAGGACGACCAAUACAAGAAAAAUUCAAUGAAAGAGAGCCUUUUACUGUGGUCUCAGCGAGAAACUUCAGUGACAGUCAGCGUAUUGCAUUGGAAAAUCGGGUUACUCAGCUGACCGCGAAGAAUACGGCAUUACUUUCCAAAGUGAAGAAUUACGGCUGGCUAUUUGAACAACGUUUACAAAACUUGGACAAAGUCAAUCUCUUGGUUCAAGAACAAGAGAGGAGCAUUCGAUUACUGAAAUCGCAUUUGAAAGGUGAGGCAGCAAUAUCAAAUAAGUUAACGGAACUUGAAAGUCGGAUCAAGUGCGCUGAGGAAAAGUCAAGGUACUUAUCUGACAUCGUUGGCAUUAGAGACAAUACAACCUCUGAUGUCUUAGAAUCAUUCGUUGAUAAAAGGAAAUGUUAUUACUUACAAGCCAGUCAACUUGCAGAGACUAUUGGCGAACUUCUAAAAUCUUGGAAAGACACUCCAAGAGAGCGUCUUCUCGAUCACCUGGUUCAUGACUCAAACUCACCUCAUCAGUUGGUAGGUGCAAAUGAUGGUAAUCUAGCAGAAGAUCUUCAAAAGCAAGUCAAUGAACUGAUAGCAAGCAAGAGAAAUGACGAGGAAAAGAUUAGUAAACUCACGGAAGAGCUGAGAAUGUAUUCUCUCAAAGCUAAGGAACUUGAAGACUCCUAUAAGAAGUCUUAUGCCUCUCUUAGGAACUCGCAUAAGGCGCUUACGGUAUCUCAAAGUGAAAUCGAGAAACACAAAGAGCUUAACAAGCGUUUGAUGAAUGAAUUGAAAGAACUGCAAAUGAAAAGUAUGAACACCAGCGAUAAAGAGAUGAAAGAUAACUCAUCUGACACGAGUAACACUUCAGGAAUCGAUACUUCCUUUGAUGCCAGGUACGACGUCAAGAUCAAAGAUUUGGAAGCAGAGUUAUUUAUUGUGAGUCAGGAAAGAGAUCAAUUAAAGGAAGAAAUAAUAUCGUUGAAGAAAAAGCUUUACGCAGUUUCAUCUUGA